CUACGGAGGGUCAAUGCAAUUGGACAAAGGGGUAGUGUUAAGUUAUUUCACAAGGCAAGGCUAAGCAAGAACAAGGCAAGAACAAGGCAAGACAAGGGCCAGGACAAGGACAAAGGCAAGGACAAGGGCAAGGACAAAAGAAGCACAAUUCUUGACUGAGGUUUAUUCAUGAUCCAGGCGGAGGCAUCUACCUCCGAUGGAUCAAUGAAAUGACUUUGGAAGCUCGACAACAUGCGGAUCUAUCAACCAAAACGACCAGGUAUAUGUAUAAGCCGUUUUGGUCGGUAUGACAUGGAUCUCGCACCAUGGUUCGUGUUGGCAUGUUCUGCAAGAAUGCGCUCGAUACGCAAAGCAUGGAAGGUGUACUGGGCCUGCAGCAGAUCGGAAGAAUGGUUACAUUCUACGUUUGGUUUUGCCAUCGAUGGGCCUUUAUGUCAUGUACGAGCUGGAGAAAGUCAAGAUCCCUAGCUGCUUGGAUGAUUUAACUAAGCUCAUCAUGGAUAUGCCUCGCGUUUGUCGCGUUCUUGAGACUUUCGAUCGUAUCUGCAGGCCGUCUGUAAAUCUAGCAAUGCCUGGCAGACAUCGCUCAACAAUCCGCCUUCGAAGGGAUUUUUUCAUCAUCCCAAGACCGCAAACGAUCAUGUUUCUUUGAAAUAUCAGCUCAAAAAUCAGAAGUUAUUUUACCAAUGUGUGCUUUUCUUUUCCCUAAGCAUUUUGUUAAGAGGUUUAUCCGACAUUGUGCUAAGCCUUUUGCUUACAAAAGUGCUUAACAACAAGUGCUCCCUUUUUAGUUUUCGACAUUUAUUCACUUGGCGGAAUACAGCUUGAUUGCUGGAUCAGUCCGACAUUAUUGUUGGACACCGAAUUUUUUUUUCCUUUUGCACGAUAUCAGCUUAGAAAUUAACGACUUUUUACUCUUACUGGCGGUUGACGAUAUCGACUUUUUAGG